GUGGUGCUAGCAGCACCGAGACAACAGACCGUGGUGAUCGUGGUGAGCUGGAAGAAGUGACUGAAGUGACUGAGAUGGCAGAUCUGUCGUUGUAUUUAACCAAUGCCAAUGUUUCACUGGGGCAAACUAUGGAAACUGAUAAGAAUCCAGCAGGGACGACAGACUUUGAGAGGCUGGAGAUGGGAGACUCUGCCGGGAGGGGGGUGAAGGUUCCCCGCAGGACCAUCUACUUUGCCAGUGGAGAGACCAUGGAGGAGUACAGCACCGACGAAGAGGACGAAGUGGAGGGGCCUGUGAAGAGAGAUGUCAUUACUGUAGAUUCGUCCAAACUGACCUGGGGUCCAUAUUUCUGGUUCCACAUGUGGAGAAUGGGCACCUCCACUAUCUCAGUGUGUGACUACAUGGGGGAGAGACUGGCCUCUCUGUUUGGCAUCACUACUCCUAAAUACCAGUAUGCUAUUGAUGAGUACUACCGUAUCAAGAAAGAGGAGGAGGAGGAAGAGGAGGAGGACCGUCUGGCUGAGACGGCGGAGCGUCGGUUUGCGGAGCAGCGGAGAGGUGAGCAGGAUGAGCCUCAUCCCGCUACCGUGGAGCAGCCAGAAUCAUCCGGAGCCUCCUUUGUAAAUAUUAGCUUUGACCUCGAACCUGAAGCUCCUCUCAAAGCUGCAGACACCAACAGAGUCCCUUCUCCCCUCCCCUCCUGAAAACUGACAACCACAAACCACUAAUAUUCACACGUUUCUAUCCGUUAGCAAAACCUAAAUUUACUGAGCUGUAUUGAUUAAUAAUAUGGUUUUUCUACGUUUUUUACGUUAUAAAAAGAGGUCUUAUACUUAGUGCAGGGAAACAUUAAAAGGGCUGUGGAAGUGACUGCACUAGCCUUAUCUGUGAAUGUAAAUUUGUGUAUAAUAUGCAAGACUGAGAUGUAUCAUUAACUAUUCAUUGACCAGACUGGGCUCAGCUCACUUUGAAUUGACAUCAGUUCAGAGAGUGAAAUACAAGCUGGAUGUUAAUCAUAUCGAGAAAUAGUCACCAAUCUAAUAUUUUCAUUGAUUAUAAAUGGAUGGAAAUCCACCCCGAACUGAACAGAGAGCAGAGAAGUGAAUGGGCCCCAACCCUGGUAUAAGCAGCCACAUGAACGGGCACAUGCUACAUCUACUGUACAGUUGUUGAUCCUGCUACUUAUAUGCAAAGUCAUCAGACAUUUCACAAGUUUAGCCGAUUUCAUAAAGGCAAGGCCUGACACUGGCACUGCCUCGCCAUUUGUGCUCUCAGCCUCUUUCUGUGAUUCUUGUCUCUGACUGAAUUAGAACACAGACCAUAUUACGCCAAAUUCACACUAGGCAGCAGCGAAGUGCAGCUCGCCACAAUAACAACAUUUUUCUGCGGCCGUAAGGCGUGUUCAUGUGGUUCAGAUGGGAAGAACCUCUUUGUAACAUAGGUCACAGGAGACACAGGAUAAAAGUUAAAGUUUUCCCUAAAAGUUAAAGUUUUCCCAACUUUUAGUUUGGCCGCACUUUGCCACAAAAUCAAAAGGCCGCAGUUCGCUGAGCUCGGAGCUGCCGCCGCAGCUUUUCAUAGACAUUGCAUGGCAGCUUGUCGCAAGCCGUACUUCACCGCUGCUCUGUUGUGAAUUUGGCGUUAAGACAUCAUUGUUAAUUUCAACAUCAUUUCCAAAUACAUACAGUAUGGCUGCCCUGCUGCUUCAGCCUUUUAGUAGUAACGAAUAAUUCCUCAAGGCUACUGUACUGUGCUACUUCCUGCUCUUUGAACAGGACUCAUUUAACAUGUUGAGUUAUUAACUAGGGGCUGGUUAAUCCAAAAGCUAAAUGCUGAGGUAUGUUUGGCUUCACAUAAGAAUUACUAAAAUCUUGUUUCCCUCCAGAGCAUAAGAUCUGCCUGCUCAGAUGUGUUCUAUUAAAUAUUUACUGUUUUUUGUGUGGCCCUCCUGGGAGGCAUUAUAUCAAAGUCAUUGGAAAUGGCACAAGUGAAACCAUCCAGUAGUUCUGAAUGUAACUUCAAUAUUAACCUCAAAGAAAAGAUCUGCUUUCUUUUUCUUUCUACUUGUCGCAAUGUAAACAAUGUGUUUCUGUGAUUAGGUUGAGAAACAGAAAGAACUUGUAGUGCUAAUAGUUUUCUGUAGGAAAUGCCAAAAGUGCUAUUUUUUAGCCAAUAUAGGUUAUAUAAUACCAAUAUAGUUCAAAUGUUUGAAAAUCUGCUAGUACUCAAAUGUAAUGAUUACUGAUGAUCUACACUGACAUGACAAGUUGCCCACAUACAACGCUACUGCCUUCAUGUGUACACGAGGGUUCAUUCUUAAAGUGUCCUUGUGGAAUCGUUUCAUAUGAGUGUUUAGCUGCGCAGCAGGCGUAAUGCUGAGACUGAGCUAUCAUAAGCUUCUUAUUGAUUAUUUAUAUCCUCUGACAUGACCAUGUGGUGACAGGCCUCAGAUCUCAGAGCAGCAGGAAUGGCGCAGAUGCAGAGAAGUGACGCACACCUCUUUUGAAAAUGAUCUAGUUCGAUUCAAGAAGAGAUUUUUAAAUGGGCUUUAAAAGGUGUACUGAAAGUGAAAUCCCAACAUAUCAGACCACAAGUAUGUUAGUAACACUUGGUCGGUGAAUGUCUUUCACUACUCAAUGAAGGAUAUUAUUCAUGUUUUUUUAUGAGUAAAAAGGGCCAACAUAUAUGCAAACGUUAUUUUAACAAACCUUUAAUGAAUAUGUAUAUACAUAUUUAUAUUUUCUGUGUUAAUAAAACAUUUAAACGUUUAAAA